AAAAACAACAACUUUAAAAUAAAAUGCAUUGGUUAAGUAAUGAAAUGAUACGUGGAAUCAAUGCUGAAUCAUGGCUUCCACUCUGUAUGUGCAGUUCACAGAGAACACAGGUAUAGCUGUGGUUACAUAAAGACGAGAGAGAGAACUCUGCCUCUGUAACAGCAUCACCUGCUGUUUGUAGAGAAGGUUCCUACUAGAGCAGAGUGAAAACAAACUGAAACACCAUAGCAAAGUUUAUUGUGUUUUGAUUUGAAUCUUUUUAAAUUCUUUAAAGUGUGUCAGGAGUACCACUUUAUGAAAAUGCAAUUAUACAGAAUAGUGCUAUAUUUAUUUUUAUCAUUUUAAUGGCAAGUUAUGAUUCAAAGAAAAAGAAAACAUUGUUUCAUUUCUGCUUCAUAUUUUAUGCUUAUUAAGAGUGAUAAGGAAGAGGGAAAAUACUUUCUGUCCAUUCCAUAAAUGCUUGUCUGUCAUCAUGACCUCACAGUUGGUGCAUAUUAAACAUGCUUUAGCUGAUUUUUUAAAUGUAUUUAUUGUUGUUUGCACUUAAAAAAACAUACAAUCGUUAGGAAAUAACAGUACAAGAAACAGUAAAAGACAAUGCAGGAAAGAUCAAAAAGCCCAAAGGGCUUAUACGCGACCCUCCCUCUUAAACCUAUAAGUAACUAUACUUUACUUAAAUUACAUAGCUAGAUGAAAAUAAAAAACAAAUACAAACAAAAUUUGAACAAAACAAAUACAAAGGUGUAGAACAUCUAUAGGGAUUUUUUGAGCUUGGUCUUAAAAGUAUUUAAAGAGGAACAUGAUUCUGUUAGAUGUGUUAUGUCAUUCCACAACUUCAUCUUGCUAUUGCAGGUUGGAGGUUAAAUAUGCAUAAUCAUCCACGUAUAAAGGUUUCACUGUGACUGGCACGCCCUGGAAACAGGUGCAGGUCUAUUAUUGUUUGCUCUGCCCUAUUGUCUCCAUAGUGGCUGAGUGAGACUGUACCAAGUAAGUUUCACUAGAGGGGGGUUAUAGAAGGACUUGCUUUCAAUGGAGCCUACCUGUGUAAAAGGUGUGUCUCUCUUAGAUCUGAUUUGCUCCUAUAGGUGCCAGCAUGAAACACUUUAACCAUUAAAGUGGAAAAGGUUGGCAGGUUGAGGAUUACAGAGAUAAAGGUGUAUUAGAGGUUGUUUUAAAUGCUCUUAUCUGAUGUAUUAAAUCAAUUUAAACAUGGUUUUGACUUUAAAAAGCUGAUGGGCGGCCUCCUCUGUACAGUAGGUGUCUGUGUGCACCCCUCUGUCUGUGGUAAAGUAGUGUAGUCCAAACACUGACCAGUCACAGAGGAGACGGGGAGGAGUCGGGUUAUCUGGUUGUCUCACAGAGUUACCUCAGGGGACAAAUGAUACACACACUUUUAGAAACUCACUCAGAGGACAUUAUUUAGUACUUGACAGAUACACUCAGACGGACUUUGCCAGUCUUGUACAAUGGAGUGUUUAGAAAGACAUACUGCCUACACAGCCACUGUCCUCUUUGAAACAGGCACUUUGUUAGAUGUGUACUUUCACAUCUAGGCAAACUUAGAUUAGGUAUUGAUUCUUAGAUUAAAACACACACAAACACACCCAGAAAUGCACACAGCACAGGCAGGAGCCAUGGCGGUGCACCUGCAGGCUCUGUGGUUUAGUGGAUAGCCUCAGUGCCAGAGAGGAGGAUGGCACAGCUCACUGUUGCUGGCACUGAGGACGAGCUGGAGUACUCCAAUCUGACAGAGGACGACGAGGAAUAUGUUGGUCUAACCAGUCAUGAAAGCACGGAGCUGGAGGAAGAAGAAGAGGAGUAUGUCUGUCUUCCCGGUGAUGGAAGCACAGAGCAGGAGGAGGAGGAGGAGGAGGAGAUGGAUGAAGAGCAAAAGAUUUUAUGUGAAGUGCUGUGUGCUGACAGAGUGGGCCAGAUGACGAAGACCUACAGUGACAUUGAUGCUGUCACUCGACUGCUGGAAGAGAAAGAGCGUGACUUGGAGUUAGCAGCUCGCAUCGGACAGUCACUUCUGAAGAAAAACAAAGCCCUCAGUGAGAGGAACGAACUGCUGGAGGAGCAAGUAGAGCACAUACGAGAGGAGGUAUCUCAGUUGCGUCAUGACUUGUCCAUGAAAGAUGAGCUGUUACAGUUCUAUACAAGCGCCGCCGAGGAAAGUGAGGGGGAGUCUACCACCUCCACACCUGUGCGUCCCAGUGAAACCAAUGUGUCAACUCCAAUUUCUUUUCCCCUGGACUCCUUGCAGAAGAAACUCAAAGAUCUGGAGGAAGAAAACAAAUCAUUGCGAUCUGAGGCCAGUCAUUUGGAGACAGAAACUAUCUGCUAUGAGGAGAAAGAGCUGCAGCUUGUCAAUGACUGUGUCAAAGAAAUCCGUGAUGCCAACCUGCAGAUCUCCACUCUGGGUGAAGAGCUGGCCAGGAAGACUGAGGACGCCUCCAGACAGCAGGAGGAGAUCACACACCUCCUCUCCCAGAUAGUAGACCUGCAGAAGAAGGCCAAGAUGUAUGCCGUGGAGAACGAGGAGCUGACUCAGCAUUUAGGUGCAGCCAAAGAUGCCCAGCGACAACUCACUGCUGAAUUGCGAGAGUUACAGGAUAAGUAUGCGGAGUGCAUGGAGAUGCUCCAUGAGGCCCAGGAGGAGCUAAAGAACCUGAGAAAUAAAACUCUACCACUCAGCACACCGAGGCGUUUCCAUUCUCUGGGGCUGUUCCCAAUGGACUCUCUGGCAGCAGAAAUAGAGGGCACCAUGAGGAAGGAACUUCAGAUGGAUGAUCCAGAUGUAGAAGAGCAGAGACUGCACCCGAAGCGAGUGUUCCAGACAGUGAAAAACCUGAACCUGAUGCGUCAGCAGCGUUUAUCACAAGCCCCCUCCCCCCUCAACAUCCCAGGCUCCAAUCAGACAUCAUGCCUCACCUCAGGGCGCUCCAGCAGGGUGGGCACGCCACGCUCCAUGUAUGGCAGCGAGACAGGAAGUGGGAUCAUCCUGGACAACAGGACUAGCAGUAUCCUGGAGAGUCCAGACGAUGGGUCAGAGGACUCUAACAAGAGACCCCCUGGAACCCCAGGGACCCCUGGCAGCAGGGACCUGGAGGCAGCCCUACGACGUUUGUCUCUUCGCCGUGACAACUACCUCUCGGAAAAACGCUUCUUCGAGGACGAGAGGGAAAGAAAGCUGGCUUACCUGGCCAAAGAGGAAGAAAAGGGAGGUGAGGGGAGUAGUGGAGGCCCGAUGACACCGACGGAGAGCCUGUUGUCGCUGUGCUCGCAUCCGUCGUUGGGAAGCGUCUGGUCGGGGUACUCAUUCACAUCGAGGUCCUACCUUCCGGAUAAGCUGCAAAUUGUAAAGCCACUAGAAGGCUCUGCUACUCUCCAUGCAUGGCAGCAGUUGGCUCAACCCCACAUGGGUGCUCUGCUGGAUCAUCGGCCUGGUGUGGUCACAAAGGGCUUCCGCACUUUAGAACAUGAGCAGGAACAGGAACAGGAAGAUGGCUGGCAUCUGGACCAACCGGAGGAGGACGAAGCUUCAUGCGACUCAUUCACUGGCUUGUCAGGAGAGAUCUCUGCUCCCAUGGAUCUGCAUCACUCUACCUCUUCUCCCUCUGUCUGCUGCAACAAAAAUGGAGACAUAGAUGACAAUGGCAUAUCAGAAACACUGCAAGGAGAAAUUUGCAGGGCUAGAGAAGCGAAAGAUGGACAUGUUGCAAACAUGCCCCUUUUCUCUUGCAACUCCCCUUCUUCACCCCUCCCCGCUUCUUCUGAGAUGAACGGGCAUUUGGACCUCAAGGAGUUCCAGGCCUUACAGGCCUCCAGAGUGGACCGUUUGUCUGUUAAUUUCCCAGGGAAGUGUAUGUCCCAUACAAGCUCUACGUACACCUUCACCACCUGCAGGAUUCUCCACCCCUCUGAUCAGCUGACUUCUGUGUCCCCAAGCUCAGCUCUAGCCUCUUGCCAGAGCAGUGUCUGCACCCCGACCCCCGCCUCCUCUCCGAUACCCUUCUCUUCCCCACCUACACCUUCCUACACCCCCUGCUGCACUCCACGCCGCCUCUCCCUCUCCCUCUCACUAGCCGAGUCCUCCACCAACCUAAGGGACUCCACCAAGACAACCAGCACUUCCCUAGGCCUGGUGCGUCUCCUGCUGGAGCAUGGGAUUUCUGCCUCAGUGUAUGAUCCCCGCAGCUGGGACCGAGGGUUGGACGCCAGCGGAGCUUCAACACCCGUGGGAGUAGCGCACGUGCAGAGGAGCAUCGUACCUGAGGAGACUGAACACAGACGAUUGGUGAAACGCCCAGACACCCUUGUCCUCCAGCCAUCCACCCCGCCCAACUCCCCCCGGUCCAAAUCUGCCUCUUUUACUAGCACCCGCCCAGUUUUUCAGUUCAGCCCUUCCACUGAUGAUCCACCGUUUUAUGACACCUUCCUCGCCUCGAAACCAGCUCGUACCAUUCUGAGGGAAGUGCUGGGGGAGGCGGAGAAGGAGCGAGGAGGGCAAACCGAUGAUGACAGCCAAACAGAAAAGCUGAACCUGCGACUUGUGGACAAAUUGAAACGUUUCCGCACCCUCUCCCCUCAUGCUGGCUCCGUUUCAUCUGGGAGUACUCUUUUAGCCCCCUUUGGCUCAACUGGACUGGCGAACAGUGCACUGGGUGGGGGGCUUCCAGGUUUGAAUGCAGGGCUGAGGAGGAAUCGCAGCUAUCCUGCCAUGGUAGGGGCCAGUAUGGCCAUGAAAGACCCAGGUGGCCCCCCCAGUGCAGAGAUAGUCAUACCACAUACGAUGCAAACCCAACAACACCCAGUACACAAGCAGGAAAAGGACACAAUGCAAAGGAAUCACACUCUGGCCAUACACAUACCACAGACACUACAUGAACUGGAGACGAUCACAACACAGACGGUAAAACAGAGACACACAAGGCCAAAAGACGGACUGUGGCUUUUAACAAGCAGUGAUGAUGACGAUGAUGAAACAUAAUGGGAGAUAUUCAGUAUAUUAGCUCAUAACCACACACUGCAACACUUUAGAGUACAUUAUACAACAUGACACAUGUAAAGAUUUAUUUACAAAACCAAAUAUCCUCCAUUACUAUAUCGACAUCCUUCAGUUAUAGAUAAUCCCUUUAGACCAAACAGCAACAGUGAUGAACAGUAUAGUCCACCUACAGCCUCAACAGUAAGUCAUGUCUCCUAACCAGUCCAGACUCAACUGAUUCGUUUCAACAGUCAUCAGUAAACUGAAUGACAUGGUGGUGAAUAAACCAGUAGUGCUACACUGUUACACUGUGUUAUACUCAUAUACUGUCAGAUCAGACUAAUGAUGAUGGAAUAUGUUGCCUUCCUCAGUGUCCAUUGUAACUGUAUAUUGUAUAUGCAAUAUACUAUGUCGUAUAAAGUAUAAUGUUAAAGGCCCAAUCUGGUGGAAGUACUGCAGAGCUUUCCUUAAACCUUUUUCAAUCUUGUUUUCCUUCUCAGCCUGAAUGAGAGUUAUAGCUAGAAAGGAUCCGUCUUGUCUAAAUAUUAUGUCACAUUGUUGUUAUCUGAGUGACUCUACCUCUGAUUGUCUGACCCGAAGGAAUCUCACUCUUCAUGCCUAAUUCAUAUGAGAGUUUUACACAAGAUGGAUACUGUCCUGGCUCAAAGAAAACAUUGUUUUUAAUUCAGAUUAUCUACACAGUUGUGGAUCCACUCAACAGAUGCUAUUCUGCUGUGUCAAGGGUUGUUUGUAGCCUUAAUUUUGGCUAGCAAGCUUCUGCCAUGGUCCUGAAACCCCAGAAAUAAUUUAUUACCAUCAUAAAUGACACGUCUGUAGUUUUGUGCUUUUGAAUUAAAUAUUUGAUAUUUGUAAAAGUGCAAAUAUGAUAAUUUUCCUACCUUGUUUCAUUCAAAGUGCAAAACAUUGUCAUACUAUUUCUGGGCCACUAUGGGAUAUUUAAUCCCCAUUUAUAAUGUCCGAUAUGUGGCAUUUGAGAUUUUUUUCCAGCAACAACCCUUUUUUUUCUACUUUUUUUUUUUACCAUCUCUGUAUGUAUGUACUCUCCAGAUUGGGACUUUAAUAUGCUCUCGCUGUGACUCACUUUUCUUAUGUGCCUAAAACUUCUAACAUACUGUAUCUCAUUGGAGUAUGGAUUUGCUUUUGCAUUAUUUGAUUACUUUAUUAGAGAGUAAAUGAGAAUAAUUGUGCAGAUUAAUGGAUUUGCAUUGAACCUGCAGAGGGUCCCCACACAUGCUCAUUUGUAUUUGUUUAUGGUACAUUGUUUUCAUCACCAAUUUUCCGUUUAUUAAUAAUCCACAGGGACAUAUAGCACAUAAACUGUGAUACAGAACAGGUCCAGCUUUACAGACACCUGUUAAAAACACUGUCUACAGAAAGCAAGAGGCAGGCAUGCAUAAAACACAAAACUUGCUUUGUCAGAUUCACUUUUUUCCAUAUUGCCUGUGUAAACCUGGAUCAUACCUGUUUCACAUACAUACUGACAAAACAUAAUUUACUAUGUAAAAAUCAAACAAGCGUGCGGGUGAUAAAAAUGGCAAUAUUAAGCAUUAUAAAAUGUGUAUGUUUAUGAAUGUAAAUGGAGUGACUUGAAAUAUCCAAAUGGUGGUUUUAAAGAGCAAGAGAGGGAAGGAACUUGUUACUGAAGGGAAGUUUUUGGAGUCAGUGACCCAGCUCCAGUGUCCUCCCUCGGGAACAGCCAGACAUCCUGUACACUUUCCUAAAUCUUACGAGGCUAUUUUGAAAAGGGAGCAACACUAAGUUUAUUAACCCAAAUUUGAAAUAUCACCCAUUAAAGGUCGAGUGUGUAGGAUUUAGUGGCAUCUAACAAUGCGGUUGCAGAUUGCAACUAACUGAUUUUACACUAUUGAAAACAUAAUUCUGAAUAUUAUAUUAAUUUCUGCCAAUAGAUCCCCCUAAAUCCUACACUCUACACACUUGAUGCCUUGCACCGCCAUGCUGUGUCCGUUAAAGUCUGCAGUUGGACAUUGGGACUGGGCCGCUGACUGUUUGUCUGACUGAAUGAAUGAAUAAAAUGGCUGGCUCUGAUGCUGGCAGUGAUCUGCUGAAAUCCUUAAUGAUUAAGGGGUUAAACUAGCAAUGUUAUUGAGUGGGAGAUUAAUAAUCAUUAAAUAUAUUUAUUAAAAUACAUGGAUUAUUAGAAGCACGCUUAUAACCGAAUGUCCACUGUACAUGUUAAAGUGAAGAACUUUUGCAGAUUGUAUUUAUAUUUUUAAUGGUCGCACUGUUAUUUUGAAUCCUUUUUCAUUGGACAAUUUAUGUUAUUAAUUAAUAAACAUUUCUCUAGCGCUGGUAAAGUAGCGUCAUCGAAACAUUUCCGUUUAAAACAAUGGGUACAGUUAGCUGUCUAGCACAUUGAUGCUGCUCAUUACUUUAAAACCGUUUCACAUUUGGGGGGAAAAAACAAUUAACAGUAUUUAAGAAUGAUACCAAGUGCUACGACUGAUGCAAAAUAAGUCGGUGUGUGUUUGUGUGUGUGUUUUUCUGUGUGUCAACUGAAUCAUCUGAAUGUAAGUUAUUACAAACAGUAAUCCUGCUGUAGGGCCAUAUAUUUGUGUACAGUAUGUUGAUUUAUCUUCAGUUUGUGUUAACCUAUGAAGGGAAACUAUUAUUACAUUGUAAAUGUAUGCAACACAUAUAGUCAUGCUAACUUUUUUUUUAAACAAACUGUAACAAUAGAACAAAAAUACAGGGAAUUAAGUUGUUUAUUUUCAGCAAAGCGGGAAAGAAAGAUUUCUGUUCAGGGACUGAAGUGUUCUAUUCUACAGAACAGACUGUGGCGUCAAUAAAAUGAAAUACAAAAAAACUGA